CAUUCAACCCCCCAAAAGGAAAGGAAACUGAGUGAAAACGUACAACGGAGAGCUGGAAAAUAUAUUAUUUUACAUAAAUUUUAGAUUGUAUCGUGGUUUUAUUUAGAAUAGCGCUGAAAACAAGAUGCACGAUUGAAACAAUCGUUCGAUGACGUGAGUGGAGAGUGUUUCGCAGCUAUCUUCCGCUAAUCGUAGGACGAGUGAAUUUUGUUUUUAUUUGGAGCAACAAAGCAUAACUGCAGUAAAUCGGUAUCACGAAUGUGACUCACCACGUUCCACUUGGCACACUGAUACUGCUUUAGAAAGGAUUCAUUUGGAGCUAAGAUUUAAAGGCUACGUAUUAACAGUAUCGGCAAUGAUCACACUUGCCCGCAAGAAGAAAGAAUCGGGCAAUGGAGGCAGUGGCGGAAAUGGUGGUUCCACAACCGGAAGCAAUGGUCCACUGUCCGAUGCACCGAAACGGAUAUCAAUCCGCGAAUUUCUGCUCGUAAAGGAGGUACAGGAGCUGGAACAGAACUUACCCACCACCUGUAAGGUGACGUUCCACGAUCCGAACGUGCUGAGCGAGUUCACGCUAGUCAUCAGUCCGAACGAAGGGUUCUGGUGCGGAGGUCGCUUCAAGUUUAGCAUUCUCGUGCCGGAAGAGUACAACAUGGCGCCUCCGAAAGUGAAAUGUCUUACCAAGCUAUGGCACCCGAACAUAUCCGUCGAUGGUGAUAUCUGUCUUUCAUUGCUUCGACUGAACUCGAUCGAUGGCCUUGGAUGGGCACCGACACGCCGCCUCAAGGACGUCAUUUGGGGCCUCAACUCACUCUUCACCGACCUGCUAAACUUUGACGAUCCGCUCAACAUUGAAGCGGCGGAACAGUAUUCCAAAGACAAGGAGCGCUUCCAGGCGAAGGUGCGCGAAUACGUAGCAGCAUACGCGAGAAGAUAAUAAUUCAAGAUGUCCACACCCUUCCCAUCCCCACCCCCGAGAGACUGUGACCCUCCCGCUCCUGCCUCCGGACUGGCCCUCGGGACGGGGUGAGAGCAAACAGAAGAAAAAGGGCAUAAAAGAGAGACAUGCAAAUAGUCGGAAUAUUGAAAUAUGGGGGAGAAAUUCCAAUUUCUGCAAUAAUAGAAUGACACCCCACAGGGAAAUAGAUAUGCACAGCACAUCAAUAUACAUUUAACCACAAGAGCAUAUUAUUGAUCACUUAUCAAAGAACGUUCACUAAACGUAGCAGCUUCAAACCUAAUCAGUUUACCAAUUGUUAAAAUACGAAAAUAUCUAAGCAAUAAUGCAGACAAACACACUCAAAUUGCUCAACAUAAGCCAGCACAUCUCUUACGUAUAGAAAUAUUAGCAAAGCUUCUUCGUGUGUUAACAGAAGAGUUUUAUAUUGUCAUUUAUCCAUUUAAAAAACCCACCAUUCAACCAAGAACGUUAACUCCAUGCGACUUGGACAAAAGAUUUCCCGCCCGUUAUACUCUUUCUUCCUUUUUUAUGUCUCUUUUUCUCUUUGCCCCGACUCUCUCUCUCUCUCUCCCUGUCCCAACAAAAAUAGGGCACCAAUUCAGAAUUGUAAUUAUAAUAAAAUACCGGUAAUACUGAUAAUCGAAUUUUCGCAUGUAAGUUUAGCAAUGUCUAGUAAAUAAAAAAAAGUUAAAAAACGCUGUGACUCUGAG